AUGGAAGUCUACGUAGACGAUAUGCUAGUCAAAAGUCGAACUGCCGGCGAUCAUCUUCGAAACCUCUCACUCAUGUUCGGCAAGCUAAAAAAAUACAACAUGCGCAUGAAGCCAAGCAAGUGCGCCUUCAGCGUCUCUUCCGACAAAUUCCUGGGCUUCAUGAUCAGCCAAAGGGGGAUUGAGGCCAACCCCGAGAAGAUCCGAGCACUCAUCGAUAUGCGAGUCACCGCCUUGGCCCGUUUCAUAUCAAAAGCCACCGAUCGGUGCGCCCCUUUCUUCAAAGCUCUCAAAGGGAGCAAACGGCAGGUCGAUUGGACUUUCGAAUGUGACCGAGCGUUCGAAGAUCUGAAAGUCUACAUGAGCAGAGCUCCUCUGCUGUCCACCCCUCUUCCCGGAGAAGACCUCAUCAUCUAUCUCUCGGUCUCAGCAUCGGCCCUGAGUUCCGUGCUCAUUCGUCGACCGAACGGCAUUGAGCUCCCCAUCUUUUAUAUGAGCCAUGCAUUAUAG